GUGUUUCGUGACUUGAUCUCUCGUUGGAAAGUUACUCAUGUUUCAUUUGAGCAAGAUCCAGAAGCUAUUUGGAAAAGUUCCUGUGCUACUUCAGCUGUUGGUGUUGAAAACGUACUGGAACAACAAACUCUGGACAGGAGGUGAGAGCAGAGCUUUGCAACGUUUAGAAUAACGACUGAUUGUUGAGAGAGCAGCAUACAAAGAUGGUCACUACUUGCCUAAUCAGUUCAACCCAGACUUGUUGGGUCCUCCUAUGUCCAUGAGUGCAGCUUUACGUUUUGGAAGUUUAUAAGUUCGCAAGUUCUUCUGGAGCAUCCAUGAUCUAUAUGAAGAGAUCCAUCCCAAUGUUGUUCCUCCUUUAGGUUUCAUGGGACAAUUGAUGUGGAGAGAAUAUUUUUACACCGUGUCUGUGAACAACUUACAUUAUGAUACCAUGACAGAAAGUCCAAUAUGUUUGAAUAUUCCAUGGCAAAGAAAUGACGAACAUCUAAGACUCUGGGAACUUGGAAAAACUGGAUACCCAUUCAUUGAUGCUGCUAUGAGACAGUUACGAAGAGAAGAAUGGAUAGAUCAUGUUGCUCGAAAUGCUGUAGCCUGCUUUCUGACCCAUGGAGAUUUGUGGAUUUCAUGGGAAGAUGGCUUAAAUGUUUUUCUUAAAUAUCUUUUGGAUGCUGAUUGGUCAGUUUGUGCAGGAAAUUGGAUGUGGGUUUCAAGUUCUGCUUUUGAAAAUAUCUUACAAUGUACAUACUGCAUCUCACCCAUUCAUUAUGGACAUAGGCUUGAUCCUACAGGAGAAUAUAUUAGACAACAUGUUCCAGAAUUGAAGAAUAUGCCAACAAAGUAUGUUUUUCAGCCAUGGAAAGCUCCACUUGAAGUACAACAACAGGCAGGUUGCAUUGUGGGUAGAGAUUACCCUGAACCCCUUGUCCAUCACCAAAUUGUCUCGGCAAAGAAUCGAGAAUACAUGAAUAGGAUUCGAGACAGACUGUUGGGCAAGCCAGUUCUACCACACUGUGGACCAGGUAGUCACUCUGAAACUAGAAUCUUUAUGUGGUUACCUGAUAAAUGUCUUGACAAUGUCCACCCCUGCAACCUUUAGCUGUCUGGCCAGUAGAAAACUAGAGGUUUUCAUGGUAUGUUUACAGAAAACCAUUUAUACAGCAUUUAGCAUUGUUGAAACUACAGAAAGUCAUUUUUCUUCUACUUCUCAUGAGAUACCAGUUUCAUUAGAUGAGCUAUUUAUUUGGCUUUGGCGAUGUUUUGUUUCGUUUUUAAUAUAUUCAGUGCCAACAGUUGAUACAUAUCAAGCUAAAAGAAAAUAAAAAAACAAACACACAAAACUGUCAGUAAGUAAUCCAGUGUUCGGAGAGAAAGAUGGAUGAAGUAGCACUUGUCCAAUGUAAGUUAUAGUUGAAGCUUUUACACCAUUUUCAAUAAUACAAGAUCUAAGUGAGUGGAUCCAAUUUGAAACGUCAUUCUCCAGUGCCUGGCUAAUGAGUCUUCAGUUCUCUUUCAAUUGCUACUACAUAAUGAGAUUACAAUUCAAUUCAUGGUAGUUAUUGGCUGUUGGGAAAAUAUCUGAACUAACUGAUUUACAUAGAGAGACAGACUGUUUAACAUAUGACCAAAGUUAUUGUGAUGAAGGCAUCAUAGACACCUAGUGUCAGCCAUUUCGUUUAACCAUGAAAUUAAUCUCACAAUUACUUAUAAUGGAAUUUGAGCUGGCAUCAUACAUAAACAAAUUCAAGAGACCAAUCAACCAAAUUACAGUGUUUAUAAAAUAUAAACAUAAUAAUAAUAAUUUUAAAAAAAUGAAGGAAUACCACCUCACAAGUAGAAAUGUACUGAAAUAAUGUUUUCAGUUUAGCCUUCAUGAGUGAGCACUUAAACUUUUUUAGAUCUAAGAACCCUUUUUUUUAAGGUUAUUCACACUAAACUUCUCUGUCUAUUAACGUUCUUAGUUCUUUAUGCAAUUUCAUCUUUUAUUUGUAUAAUUUCUUUAGCCAGUUUACAGUGUUAAAAUGAAAAACUUAGAACAAAAUCUUGCUAAAUAAGCUUCAGCUUCAGACUUCAAUACCAUCUUCAUAUAUUUCAUUUUUGCAGCUGUAAUACGUACGUUUAUGUAACUUUAAGAUGUAAUACAGAUGAAUAUUAUCUUUUGAUAAUUAUUUUACUUGUUUUUAAACUUGAGACCCUAUGUAAGAACUUUCAAUUUCCUCAUAUUUACCAUGUUGGAAAUGGAUAUUAUUGUAAUUUUAAUACUUAAAUGAAUUUUGAAAGCUUGUAUAUAUUUAUUGUAGUAAGAGAUAUAUAUUACAAGGUGUAGCAAAUGUACUCUUCAGCUUUUUGUUGUUUAGGAGACCAAAAUGGUCUGCCUGCACCACAAGAUCUUCACACAUUUCAAACUUUGAGCCUUAACCUAAUGACAACAUAUGGAAUGUUGUGUUAUAUUUAAGUGCCUGAUCUUGUAUUGUGUUCAAGAAUUUGAGACACUGAAUUUUAAAACAUUUUACUUUUGUGAUUUUAUUUACUGAUUUAUUUGCAUCAUACAGCUAAACCUAUUAAAAGUAAUGAAA